AUUCUUAUUGUGGAAAUUAUACAAUCUCGCCAUCAAGAGAAAAUCUCAAAUGGUAAUAACACUGGCCGACGUUAUGUGUUUAUGGGCUAUGAAAUACCCGAAUGGUUGGUGCAAUGCUAUAAGAAAAUUGGCAUUUUCGGAUUUGGUGCUGGUGUUUGUCAAAUGACCACAGAUAUUGCCAAAUACUCGAUUGGACGUUUGAGGCCACAUUUCUUUGCGGUCUGCCAACCAAUAAUGCCCGAUGGAACAACAUGUGCCGAUCCCAUAAAUCAGGGUAGAUAUAUAACAGACUUCCGUUGUGCCGGAGUUGGUUCCACCGAACGCAUGUUAAAAGAAGUUUCACUUUCCUUUCCCAGUGGACAUUCGAGUUUUACAUUCUAUGGCAUGGUUUAUUUGGCGAUCUAUUUACAAUGUCGCAUGACAUGGCGUGGCUCGAAAUUGAUUCGCCACUUCUUACAAUUUGUGGGUAUUAUGUUGGCCUGGUACACGGCUUUGAGUCGUGUUUCCGAUUACAAACAUCACUGGUCUGAUGUUUUGGGUGGUUCAUUGGUUGGAGCUAUUACAGCCAUUGUGGUGACCAAUUUCAUUUCGGAUUUAUUCGCAAACAAGGCGACAACAAAAAGCUAUAUCUUGCCAACCUGUACACGUGAUGUGACACCACAAACCACACUGAGUUCGAAUGGAAAUUAA